GGCUGAGAAUGGCUUUUGCUUUCUGCACGGAGGGGCACGCUCUCAUCUGAUCUGGGCCGUCACCGAGCCAAGGCGCGGACUGAAGGGGGAAAAAAUAAACUCCGCCACUAUGUGCUACGGGAAAUGCGCGCGAUGCAUCGGACAUUCUCUGGUGUGGCUCGCCAUCCUCUGCAUUGUGGCUAAUAUUUUGCUGUACUUUCCCAAUGGGGAAGCAAAGUACGCUUCUGAAGACCAUCUUAGCCACUUUGUGUGGUUCUUCUCUGGCAUCAUAGGAGGAGGUUUGCUGAUGCUCCUGCCAGCAUUUAUCUUCAUAGGACUGGAACAGGACGACUGCUGCGGCUGCGGCGGCCACGAAAACUGCGGCAAAAGAUGCGCGAUGUUUUCUUCUGUACUGGCCGCUCUCAUCGGAAUUGCAGGAUCUGGCUACUGCGUCAUUGUGGCAGCGCUGGGCUUAGCGGAAGGACCAAGAUGUCUUGAUGCCAGUGGCCAAUGGAACUACACCUUUGCCAACACGGAGGGAGGUUACCUUCUGGAUAGUUCCACAUGGGCCCAGUGCAUUGAACCCAAGCAUGCAGUGGAAUGGAAUGUCUCUCUGUUUUCUAUCCUCUUGGCACUUGGUGGAAUUGAAUUCAUCUUGUGUCUCUUUCAAAUAAUAAACGGAGUGCUUGGAGGCAUCUGUGGUUAUUGCUGCUCUCGCCAACAGGUCUCCUAUCUUUCUUUGAAAAUAAGACAAAACCUAAUGAAAACGAAAAGCCCAUUGCUACCAUGAAAAACUUUGCUGAACAUAGAUGGAAACUUUCUACGAUUUUUGAGGGGAAGUUAAAAUAAAAUUCUAGAUUUCCUAUCAGGCAAAUAAAGCAAGACUAAUAAUUGCCUUGGGAGCCUGCCAAAUUUCCAAGAAAACAGCAGACUUCAAUUUGGAGUCGUUUCCAGGCAAUACGUUUGGGGAGAGGCAAAGAAUGCUCUUGGGAUUACUAUAAAAUAACCUAUCUUUAGCCUUGAAUUUCCUACAAGGCAGAGUUUAAAUUAGGUGAGAACCCACUGCACUUCAGCGCUGGUGCAUUUGGGGGACGGGCGUAAGUGUCAACGAC